AUGUACAAACAUAUGAAAGAGGACUUGCAUAAAUUCGAUACGUCUGAUUAUCCGCUUGACAACGUUUGUGGAAUGCCUCGAGCGAUCAAAAAAACAGAUUCUGGCGCAAGGGACAAUUUUUUCAAUGACGCCAAGAGACUGAUCGACAGCGAGAUCGAGGUCAUUAAAAUCGUUGAGAGCUCGAGACGCACAAGUUCGAGAAAUAUUAACAGAGACGGUACAAUGUCUAAGCCUGUUAGGAACAACAAACAGGCUGACAAAGCGGCUACAAAAAAAUCCAAACCAAGAGCACAAGCAAUCGCAGGAUGGGGAUCGGAAGAAAGAGUCUAUCAGGAUCGACAAUAUCAGAUAGACGCAGCCAUAGUAAGAAUCAUGAAAAUGAGAAAAAGUAUGACGCAUAAUCUUUUAAUGAGCGAGCUCUACAACCAACUCAAAUUUCCCGUCAAGCCUGCCGACGUGAAGAAGCGAAUCGCUUCGUUAAUAGACAGAGACUACAUGGGGCGUGAUAAGGAUAACGCUAAUCAGUACAAUUACGUUGCGUAG